AUGUGGUCAUUUCCGGAGCCUGGCGGCUACUAUCUUCUCACGCCACCGUCUCGACCCAACACUCUCAACGAGAUAACCUUUGUUCCCUACGGCAUCACAGCUCGUGAGGCCAUCUCACCAACCUCAUUCGUCAUCACUGCAGUCCCACGCACACCAAACCCUUCUCUACCAUACCUGAACCCCUCAGAUAACCUCUGGAGGUAUCCUCUCUGGUCUGUGGAGUUCAAGCAGCCCGAGGUGCAAAUUUCCCGACAUUAUACGCCCCUGCCUCCACUGUCUACAGAGGAUCCUACGGAUGGCUCGCUACGGUUUUAUAUCCGUACUGUUGGCGAUGGUGAGAUGUCCAACUAUCUAGGUCGAAGACAGGUUGGAGAAGAUGUUUUCCUACGUGGUCCACACGUUGGCUUCGAACUAGCAGAGCGAUUGGGUGACCACUCUCGUCUUGUCUUUCUUGCCGGCGGUACAGGUGUAGUGCCUGGUAUACAAGCAGCUAAGGCUGUCUUGGAAGCGAACGAAAAGUCAAGCGUUGACCUUCUCUGGGCUGUAAGGAAGAGAGAAGAGGUUCAAAAAAGUGCUCCUCCUCGGCAAUCAUCGUGGAAGUUUUGGCAAGAAAGGAAGCCUACUCCAUUAGGAUUUGACGUCGAGAGCCCUAGUCCCGUCACAAAGCGCUUACAAGACCUUAAGAUGACCUAUGGUGAUCGUCUAAGGAUCCAGGUCGUUGUUGACGAGGAGGGAACUCGCUUCCAGGAUAGGGAUAUUAGCAAUGCCAUUGCAGCAUCGCCAGGAACGGUUGCUUCAUUUAAUGCAGGCUGUCGACUCCACGAUCAAGCAAUGCAUGUUUACGCCAACGAAUUCGCCCUCGCUGAAGGGUCUGGUUGUGUGUGCAAGCCUUCUGAAGGCACCGCUCCCGGGAAAAACUUGUUCAUCGUCUCUGGCCCCGACGGUUUCAUCGAGUACUAUGCCGGGCCCAAGAUAUGGUUAGGUGGCCAGCAGACUCAAGGUCCGAUAUCUGGCAUAGCUGGCUAUCUGCAAAAACGGAACCCUCUCCUGGCAAGAGAUUGGCUAAUCCUCAAGAUGUAA